AUGAGUUUCCUCGACUCCGUUCUCUCAUCCAUCCAGACGGGCAAGCCCUCCCAGCUCCCGCUCUCUCAGGUGCCUGCCUCACCUGCGCCGGCCGUCACUCCGAAAAAAGAGGUCCGAAAACCGGUCGUUGCGCGUCAAGCAGCUCCAACCAGUGGUGAUGUUGGUAAAGGCAUCAAGCGCAAGGCUGAGGACCAGCUGCCUCGGCCCGCAAAACCAGAAACUAGUUCCACAGCGAUGAAGUCUGCGCCGGCCACAAGACCAGCGGUUCCGUCUCCAGCACCCAAGGUUGGGCCGAAGCCAGCCACAACCACCAGCUCCAAGCCAGCACCGACCAAGCCCACCCCCAAACCCAGCUUAUCUGCGACCACUAAAGUGGCGCCUGGACAGAAAGCGCCCGCUAAGCCCGCCGCAGCAGCCUCAGCGACACCAUCUAAGCCACCGCCCCCAGGCUCGUUUGCAGCGAUCAUGGCGCAGGCAAAGGCCAAACAAGAACAGGCGCCUGCGUAUGUCGGUUUGCUCCGCCACAAGCCUCUCCCCAAAGAACGACUCACCAAAGUCGAGCGCAAACGACGCAUGAUGGAAAUGCAGGCCAAAGAACGAGAAGCGCGAUUAGGAAGAAAGGCCGGGUCGGAUAUUACCACCGCGAACAAGCCAGUUGUGGGCCGGCGCGAUUCUGAGGGCCCCUCCUACAAAGGCACAGCCAAAAUGCGGACUCCCGAGGCGCCUUCCUACCGUGGCACUCUCGGCCUACCAUCCAAGCGUGGUGCAAAUGAUCGCCGACAGCAAUCUCGCAACUCCCGCCAGAAUGAAUACCUUGCAACCGAUGAGGAAGAUGAAGGCGACUACGGUGGCUAUGAUGAUGGCUACUCCGAUGAAUCGUCUGACAUGGAGGCUGGAAUAGACGAUGUGGACCGUGAGGAGGAGGAAGCACUCCGAUAUGCAAAGCGCGAGGAUGAGGAAGAACUGAGGCAAGAAAUGUUGGCGAAGAAGGAGAAGUUGGAACGCCAGCGGAAACUGGCUGCUCUUGCUUCCAGGAGGCGUUAA